AUGUAUUACAUAAUAUUAAGCAAAUCUCCAUUCCUUUAUUUUUUAAGAAAAAUGAUGUCAUAUUAUUGGUAUCCCUCAACUCUUUAGAAGUUAAUAAUUUAUGCCAAUCUUGUUUUUAGGCGUAUAUUAUUCAGAUAAUUUAGAAAAUUAUAUACCAAGCUAUAUUUUAAAGAAAAUCAAUUGAAACCUAGCUUAGUUAGAUUGUUAAUUAUAAAACUAAAGAAUAUUGUAGUUGCAACUUUUGAUCUAAAAAGUACUAGUCCAAAAUUAUUAUCUGAGUUAUUGAAGACAAAAUAGGUAUAGUAAUUCAGAAGGAUAUUGAAUGAAGAAUACAAGUCUAAUAUUUUUAUUAAUUUGUUAUUUAUCAAAAUCCAUUUUCUUAAAAUAUCAAGAUAGAAUCAGAGUUUCAAAAAUCUAAGAGUAUUAUCUAUAAGUAGAAGGUUCAUCAUGUAAUUGUAUAGUUUAUAGUUCUCUUAUAAAUAAAUUAUUUACAUUAGUAAAAUAGAACUGAUUAUGGUUAUUGAUUAAUUAUUUUAUAGGUUCAAAAUGCUAAGAGUCAAGCUAUAAUAUUUAAAUGAAAUAAAUUAAUACUAUAAUCCAUUGAACUCUUUGAAGAAAUUGAAAUUAUUUUUAGCUUAAUUAUACAAAAAAUAAGAGAAUAAGGAUGAAAACCUUUGA